CCAUUGUCCUGUCUGUGAUGCUGCAGUCCUGUACCUGAGUGUAAACAAAUCGCACGUGCUAAAAAUAACUGCUAAUCACAGUCUACUCAAAUGUGGGACAACAAAUGGUGACAAAUUUGAAUACAUAUAUUUUCAACGAUUUGAAUCUACGCUGCAUAAUCUUGCGCGCCAAAUGUGUUUGCUUUUUUUUUUGUUUUUUUUUUUUAUUUUUUGUUUAGCGGAAAUGCAUUUAAUCUAAACACCUGUUCAACUCAAAGGGAGACUUAUAAUUAAGUUAUCUCGAGCUCAAAGUGGCAGGCAAUGCGGAGACCAGGAUGCUGCCCUAAAGGACAUCAGCUGGAGUGUGAACAGUAUGACGACCGCCAACAUUGACUACGACUAUUUGCUCAAGUUCCUGGUGCUCGGCGACUCCGGCGUGGGCAAGACCUGCCUGCUCUAUCAAUAUACGGACGGCAGAUUUCACACUCAGUUCAUAUCCACGGUCGGCAUUGACUUUCGUGAGAAGCGUCUGGUGUACAACUCGCGUGGUAGGCGGCAUCGCAUCCAUUUGCAGAUCUGGGAUACGGCCGGGCAGGAACGCUUUCGUUCGCUGACGACGGCGUUUUAUCGGGAUGCGAUGGGUUUUCUGCUGAUCUUUGAUCUGACCAGCCAGAAGUCGUUCCUGGAGGUAACCAAUUGGCUGGAGCAGCUGCGCAUGCACGCCUACACGGAGGAUCCGGACGUGGUGCUCUGCGGCAACAAGUGCGAUCUGCUGCAGCUGCGCGUCGUCAGCCGGGAACAGGUGGCCGCGUUGGCGCAACGCUAUCGUCUGCCCUACAUCGAGACGAGCGCCUGCACCGGCGCCAACAUACAGCAGGCUGUCGAGCUGCUCGUGGGCCGUGUCAUGGAACGGAUCGAGAACGCCGUCGGCAAUCGCGAUUUCUCCCUGCUGAUGGCUCAGUCCCGCCGGCUGCCCAACCUUGCCUACGGCCCGGAGCUUGUUCGCUUGCAUCAGGCCAGCGACAAUCCGCCGCGACGCAACUGCAACUGCUAGGUCGUCCAGGGAACCGGAAGUCGGAAGCUGGGAGCCGGAGGCCGUAGCCUACCCAAAUCCAUAUCAAAUUCAAUUAUAUCCAGUUUUAUUGCGUUUAUCUAUGUGUGUCU